AUGCAUCUUCUUAAUAUAGGACAACAGAAACUGGUGAUCCUUGACGUGGACCCCGGUAUUGAUGACGCCAUCGCCAUGAUGAUGGUGCUAUCCCAGCCUGCAGUGCGCGUGCUGGCGGUCACGUGUGUGCGCGGGAAUGCGCGGGAAGUUCUGCUGGACUGUAAGAACGCGCUGAGGGUGCUGCACGCAGCCGGGCGGACCGAUAUCCCGGUGUACGUGGGUGCCUCCCUCCAGCUGAUGGGGAAUGACGUGUACGACUACACGUACUGGAACGGGCGGGACAGUAUGGGAGACGCGCCCGACAAGUAUCCUCCCGACUACCGGCUCAUCAACCAGGCAGAACACGCCGUGUUAAUGUUGAUCCGGAUGUCCAACGCCUACCCGAACCAGAUCACCCUGAUCGCCCUCGGUCCGCUCACUAACGUGGCGCUGGCCAGGAGGAUGGACCCGGACAUUUCCUCACGCUUCAAGGAGAUCAUCAUCAUGGGAGGCAACAUCAGAGGUGAAGGCAACAUCGGCAUCAGUGCGGAGUUUAACUUCUGGAUGGACCCCGAGGCGGCGCAGGUUGUUCUGCGGGAGUACAAGUGCCCCAUGAAGGUUGUACCGUGGGAGGUUUGUCAGGAACACGGACUGGAAUGGGAUUUCUUCGCGAAUUGGACCGCCAUGCCGACGCGGAGGGCUCGCUUCAUCAAGGCCAUCUCCCUGAACCUGUCCAAGUGGCUGAGGGGCCAGGGCGAGCCGACCUACCUGUCGUGCGAUCCCCUGGCAACCGCCAUCGUCAUCGACACCGGCAUCGUGCAGACCGUGGACACGGUGUACGCCACGGUGGAGGUGGAGGGGGAGUACACCCGUGCGCAGAUGGUGGUGGACUGGUGGGGAUUCCGCAGGAAGACUCCGAACGUGGACAUCAUCAGGAGUCUGAACAUGUCCAGAUACAAGAAUCUUUUAAUGACCGCCAUGUGAAGCGUGUUUUCUUUUUUUG